AACAGGAAGGCGGACAUGUUGGCCAGGCUGCGUGUGAAAAUCGGGCACAGUCUGCGAUUGUUUUCCGAAAACUAAAACACACAACAGACCCCCGAUUUACAUUUACAUCCACUCUGGACAUCCGCAUCGGGACAGGAAACAGCAGUCAAUGACAGUGCCGGGGCCGCGGCGGAAGCGCUGCCGUUGACGCUGCAGCGACUCCGCGUUCAAACUCCGAAAUUUGGAAGAAGCAGAAGUUUUUUUUUCCCCUCUCCCACAACUUCUACUUUUGAGCUGUCAGAUUUGUUUUGUCGCUUGUCUGCAAAGGCCCCUGUCACCGAUACGGAAACUUGACCUGCAACGAGUCUUCUUUCACACAAGCUGAUCCUUUUUGUUUUUUUUUCUUUUUGAGAAGACAAUUGCAUUUACGUUUUAAUUACCUUUUGUUUCGAUGCGCCGACGUUUUAAGCCCUUAUCCUCCUAACUAAUCUGCCCCGUGGCCGCACUUAUCUCUCAAGUUGUCUUCCCUCAUCAUACUGGAGAAAACAAACUUAUCUUCCCCUUCACCCCGGAAAAUGUGGCGUGUUCAGGGCAACAUUAAAGGCUUCAUUUUCCGCCGGAGCUCGAGGAGAACGAUGCAUUUGGUCUGAAGUUGAGAGGAAGAAAGGAGCCGUCUAGCCCCCGCUGGCUGCUAAGGCUAAGCUCGCUCAGCCCGAACACUGAGCUGGUUUUGUUCACAACAACAGGACCCCGGGACUAAACGGCAAAAAAAUGUCGUCUGGGCAAAGCAUGGAGGCUCGAUUUGAAAAAAUCGAUGCCAUGCUGAAGGACCCGAAGUCGGAAAUAAACACGGAUUGUCUCCUGGAUGGCUUGGAUGCUCUGGUAUAUGACCUUGACUUCCCUGCCUUAAGGAAAAACAAGAGCAUUGACAACUUUUUGAAUAGAUACAAAGAAACCAUUAGUAAAAUUCGUGACCUGCGGAUGACAGCAGAGGACUAUGAAGUGGUUAAAGUUAUUGGAAGAGGCGCAUUUGGAGAGGUUCAGUUGGUAAGACACAAAGCUACAAGCAAAGUAUAUGCCAUGAAGCUGCUGAGCAAGUUUGAGAUGAUCAAGAGGUCAGACUCUGCUUUCUUCUGGGAAGAGAGGGACAUCAUGGCUUUUGCCAAUAGUGGAUGGGUUGUGCAGCUCUUUUUUGCAUUCCAAGACGACCGCUACCUCUACAUGGUGAUGGAAUACAUGCCUGGUGGCGACUUGGUGAACUUGAUGAGCAACUACGAUGUCCCUGAGAAGUGGGCCCGGUUUUACACUGCUGAGGUGGUCCUGGCUUUAGAUGGAAUCCACUCCAUGGGCUUCAUUCACAGGGAUGUGAAGCCUGAUAAUAUGUUGCUAGACAAAGCAGGUCAUCUAAAACUUGCAGACUUUGGGACCUGCAUGAAAAUGAAUAAGGACGGUAUGGUACGAUGUGACACAGCAGUAGGAACUCCAGACUACAUUUCACCUGAGGUACUAAAAUCACAAGGAGGAGAUGGCUAUUAUGGCAGAGAAUGUGACUGGUGGUCGGUAGGAGUGUUUCUGUAUGAAAUGCUAGUCGGCGAUACUCCGUUUUAUGCUGACUCGUUGGUGGGGACCUACAGCAAAAUUAUGAAUCACAAGAAUGCCCUGACCUUUCCGGAUGACAGUGACAUCUCCAAUGAUGCCAAGAAUCUCAUCUGCGCUUUCUUGACUGACAGGGAAGUUCGACUUGGACGUAAUGGUGUUGAUGAAAUCAAGAGACAUCCCUUCUUCAAGAAUGAUCAGUGGACGUGGGAGAACAUCAGAGAAACGGCUGCCCCUGUUGUGCCUGAACUGAGCAGUGACGUUGACACCAGUAACUUUGAUGAUAUCGAAGAAGAUCGGGGAGAGGAGGAGACCUUUCCCAUACCAAAGGCCUUUGUGGGCAAUCAGCUUCCCUUCGUUGGCUUCACAUAUUACAGUAACCAGCACCUUCUGCGCCGCUCUCCUUCAGCAAAGACUGGUGACAAACGUAGCACUUCCACAAAAGAAGACAAGAGUCAUCUGGAGAACCUCCAAAAACGAAUCUACCAGCUUGAAGAGCAGCUCCACAGUGAAAUGCAGCUUAAAGACGAGUUGGAACAGAAAUGCAGGGCAUCAAACACCAAGAUUGAGAGGAUCAUGAAAGAACUGGAUGAAGAGGCGAACCUGAGGAAGAGCACGGAAGGCAGCAUGUCUCUGCUGGAGAAGGACAAGAUUAUGCUGCAGCACAGAUUCACUGAGUACCAAAGAAAAGCUGACCAAGAGGCAGAGAAGAGACGCAAUCUGGAGAAUGAGGUGUCAACUUUGAAGGAGCAGCUUGAAGAUAUGAAGAAGAUAAGCCAGAACUCUCAAGCCUCAAAUGACAAGAUUGCCCAGCUUCAGAAUCAGCUGGAAGAGGCCAAUGACUUGCUUCGCGCGGAGUCGGACACAGCCGCGAGACUGAGGAAAAGCCACACGGAGAUGGCCAAGUCAAUGAGCCAGUUGGAGAACUUAAACCGGGAAUUGCAAGAGAGAAGUCGUGCAGCAGAUGGAGAGAAGGCACAGAUAGAAAAGGAGCUUCUGCUUCUUCAGAGCACCCUGGAUUCAGAACGAAGGAACUACAGUCAGGGUUCGGAGGAAAUCAGAGAGCUGCAAGCGAGAUUGGCUGGACUACAAGAAGACAACAAAAACUUGAAACUCAGUCUUUCCAAAGUGGAGACAGAACGCAAGCAGGCUCAGGAGAGGAGCAAUAACCUGGAGAAGGAAAAGAACAGCCUUGAGAUAGACCUGAACUACAAGCUGAAGACUUUGCAGCAGCGUCUGGAGCAGGAACAGACGGAGCACAGGGUGACGCGGGCACAGCUCACUGACAAAUACGAGUCUAUUGAAGAAGCCAAAUCAGCUGCCAUGAAUGCUGUUCAGCAGAAGAUGUCGGAGGAGAAUGGAGCCAGGAUGAGAGCAGAGAGUCGGGUCGUGGAAGUUGAAAAGCAGUGCUCGAUGCUGGAGUUCGACCUCAAGCAAUCCGUGCAGAAAAUGGAGCAGCUGAUGAAACAAAAGGAAAGGUUGGAAGAUGAGGUAAAGAAUCUCCGGAUACAAAUAGACCAAGAGUCGAACAAGCGCGUCCUAGCUCAGGGCGACCUGAAGAGCCGCACACAGGAGGUGGACCGUCUGAGGUGUUCAGAGAAGCAGCUCAAGCAGGAGAUCAACUCGGCACUAGAGACGAAACGCUCACUGGAGUUUCAGCUAGCACAGCUGACCAAGCAAUAUAGAGGCAACGAGGGACAGAUGAGGGAACUUCAAGACCAGCUUGAGGCUGAACAGUAUUUUUCAACACUUUACAAAACUCAGGUCAAGGAACUAAAAGAGGAGAUCGAGGAGAGGAACCGACAGGUACAAGAUGCACAAAAAAAGGUGCAGGAUUUGUGCAGUGAAAGGGACUCUCUGUCUGCCCAGCUGGACCUGACGGUAACUAAGGCUGAGUCAGAGCAGCUUGCUCGGGCGCUUCAAGAGGAGCAAUACUUCGAACUAAGUCAGGAGAACAAAAAAGCAGUAGCUAGGCAUAAGCAGGAUAUUGGGGAAAAGGAGACAACUAUCACACGUCUUGAGGAAUCAAAUAAAACUUUGACCAAAGAUGUGGAGAGCCUCAGCAAAGAGAAGAUGGAAUUGAGGGAGAAGCUGCGCGUUCAGGAGGAUGAAUAUUCAGAACAGAAGGAAGAGAUUACAAAUGCAAUCAAGGCCAACUAUGAGAAAAUCCUCAACACUGAGCGCACACUGAAAACUCAGGCCGUGAACAAGCUGGCAGAGAUUAUGAACAGGAAAGACAUGAAGCUCGACCAGAAGAAGAAAGGCAGUACAGCAGAUCUGCGGAAGAAGGAGAAGGAGAACCGCAAGCUUCAGCUGGAGCUGAAUCAGGAGAAAGAGAAGUUUAACCACAUGGCCAUCAAAUAUCAGAAGGAACUCAAUGAGAUGCAGGCGCAACUAGCAGAAGAAUGCACUUACCGCAACGAGCUGCAGAUGCAGCUGGACAGCAAGGAGAGCGACAUUGAGCAGCUUCGGGAGAAACUGAAUGAUUUGCAACAGCGGAUGGAUAACUCCAGCAUCACCAGCUUGCAAGCAGAUGAGACGGACAGUAACAUAGCAGAGUCAAGAUUGGAGGGCUGGCUUUCCAUUCCUAAUCGUGCUAAUAUCAAGCGAUAUGGAUGGAGGAAACAGUAUGUGGUGGUGAGCAGUAAGAAGAUUCUGUUCUACAAUGACGAGCAGGAUAAGGAGCAGUCCAACCCCUCGAUGGUACUAGAUAUUGACAAACUGUUCCAUGUGAGACCAGUUACACAAGGAGACGUCUACCGAGCUGAGACGGAGGAAAUACCUAGGAUAUUCCAGAUUUUGUAUGCUAAUGAGGGAGAGUGCAGGAAGGAGGUGGACAUGGAGGCGGUUCCUCAGGGCGACAAGACCAACUGUCUCCCACACAAAGGCCACGAGUUCAUCCCCACGCUGUAUCACUUCCCUUCAAACUGUGAGGCCUGCUCCAAGCCUCUAUGGCACGUCUUCAAGCCGCCACCGGCCCUGGAGUGUCGCCGCUGCCAUGUGAAGUGCCACAAAGACCACCUUGACAAAAAGGAGGAUGUUAUUGCUCCUUGCAAAGUAAAUUACGACGUGACCUCUGCCCGAGACAUGCUUCUACUGGCCCUGACCCAAGAUGAGCAAAAGAAGUGGAUUGGCCACCUUGGAAAGAAGAUUCCUAAGACUCCUCCAUCAACAUUUUCUAGAGCUUCACCUCGUUCUAUGUCCACUCGCUCUGGACCCAAUCAGUCCUUCCGCAAGAACCCUAAAAGCAAUACAGGAAAGCUGAGCAGAGCGCAGUCCAGCCUCCAAGCAGCAGACACAACAUCCAGCACUUGUUGACAGGAACUUCUUCAGAAGUCGAUGUUUUUUAGACUUUCCUCUACAGCUUUAAACCUGUCUAUUUAUUAAUUGUAUUGCUGGGUUUUUUUUGUUUUUUAACGCAAGACACUUCCUGGUUGGUUGGUUGCUUGGUUGGUUGGUUGGUUGACUCAUGGGCUCUGUGCAGUUGACACUUGGGGAUUUCUGAUUAACACUAAUGUGUUCUUGGGUUCGGUAACUAACUUUUUAGGUUACUUUGAAACUCUCCAUAAGAAAUGUCCAGAUUCAGGAUUAUUACCAUGUCUGUUCAACAUGUUGAAAGUUAUUCAUGCUGUCACAGUAUCUAUAAACUGGUUUCUCUGUAUGUAUUAACCUUGGUUACUAACCAAAGUAAAACUAAAGCUUUUCUUUUACUGGACACUGUCUCUUUUCUUUCUUUCAGCUAACCAUCUGAACGGUUGGGAUUUUUUUUCUGGACUCUAAACUUUCCCUCCAUCCACAUGCACAAAAAUGGGAAGCCUGUACUACAUUGGAUAUCUUAUUAAAAAGACAAAACAAACAUAACAAAAACCACAACAAACGUUGGACAAUUACAACCUAUAUCAGACAGAAGGCAUUGUGGACAUAAAAGGCCAAUUCCCUCUCUCCACAUUCAAAAAGAAAGCCGUUAUAACUAAGAAGAAAAA